UUAUGUCUAAAUACGAAUUAAUAACGAAGACAUGUUUGUGAAUAACUGUCUGUUCUGGUGCUAUUUGUUCUGAUUGUGUUCAUCCCAGUUUUAUAUCGGAAUAAUUCCUAAUAAUGUGAAUAUUCGGUGGACAGUGCUGUAGUUGACUUGUAGGUGUGUGGUUUGGGGCGUCAAAGACAACUUGAUUGAAUUUUCUCCAGCUGUUAUUCUCUGCAGAAGAGAUUAUUAGACAUUAAUCAGCUUCACAAAUGAGAAUGAAACAACUGAAAUAAGAUGGAAAGCAAGCAAAAUAGACAAAAAUAAGACAAAAUAACAAUAAUGGGACAGGAAACAAAGUUAUGAUGGAAAACAGAAAUAAGACAGAAAACAGCAAAAAUAAAACAAAAUAACAAAAAUAAAGCAAACAACUAAAAUAAGACAGAAAUAAAACAACAGUAAGACAGAAAACAACAUAACAAGCCUUUCUUCAUGCACUCUGCUCCCUCAGCAAAGCAAACUAAUAUUAUAAACAUUACAUUUUUAUUAACAAAAACUUCCUAUAAAUAUUAUAUGUACAACUGAGCAAAACAGAAAAUUAUUUCUAAAGAUCUAGUAGUAAACCUGUUGACUACUUCAUAUUAAAUAAGUCAGAAAGCCUUGGAGUCUGUCCAGUCUUUUCUUCAGGAGGAAAUGACAUCAUGUGGAGCAGGUCAUGUGAUCUGGAAUUAACACACUUCCUGGAGAGGAGUUUUUGGAAUGGGGAACUUAGUGGAAAGUGAUUUAGUUUAUUUUCCAUAAGAAAAUUAAUAUAUUGCCAUAAAAGAAAUAUCUGUCAUGAUUAUCUCAACUUAAUAAAAGAACACAAUCCAAAGUAUUUCUGAAUCGGCUCAUUUUAUUAUUGUUUGGCUCAUUAUUAUUUGGUUGGUAUUAAAUUCAGACAUUAUUUAGUUGACAUUUUACUGAUAUCCAGUCAUUUUUUAUUCAUAAGUGAUUGUUUCCAUAAUAAAUAAUUAUGGAAUUUGUAAAGACAUGAUCAUAAUGAAGAUAAAAACAUUAUUACAUUAACAUUAUCAUUUUUAUUUUUAAUAUAAAUAUAUACAGGCUAUAUCCCAUGGACUUCAAAAAUCCUUCAGUUAUAGAUUGAGGCAGGUGUGUUUAUAUGUAAUAUCAUAUUGGAACUUUGAUGUGUUUCUUGUAUAAAUGAUAAUUUUUGACCUCACACGUGAGAAUCCACGUGACUCUGGCCUAUCCAAUCAAUCAUGGACUCUCCUGUUUUUAUGACGCAUUCUCAGGUGCUCCAGCUUCAAACAGACCAACAUUUCCUGUUUGCUCUGCUGGGGGUUGGAUGAUGUUCUGCCGCUGCUGCUUCGUCCUCAUUCUGCUCUUCACUCGGUCCUCGGCUCACAAUGACUUCUUCACCUCCAUCGGUCAGAUGACGGACCUGCUGUUCAUGGAGAAGGAGCUGGUCUCCUCUCUGAAGGACUACAUCAGAGCUGAGGAGCACAAACUGGAGCAGAUCAAGAAGUGGGCCGACAGACUGGACGUUCUCUCCUCUGCUGCCACUCAGGACCCUGAAGGUUUCCUCGGACAUCCAGUGAACGCCUUCAAACUGAUGAAGAGGCUGAACACGGAGUGGGGGGAGCUGGAGAGUCUGGUGCUAUCAGACAUGUCUGAUGCGUUCAUCUCCAACCUGACCAUCCAGAGGCAGAACUUUCCCAAUGAUGACGACCAGACCGGAGCAGCCAAAGCUCUGAUGAGGCUUCAGGACACCUACCAGCUGGACACCAACACCAUCUCCACUGGAGAGCUGCCAGGCUCGUCGUCGGUCGCCUCCCUGACGGUGGACGACUGCUUUGAUCUGGGGAAGGUGGCGUACUCAGAGGCUGAUUACUACCACACUGAGCUGUGGAUGGCCCAGGCUCUGAAGCAGCUGGAUCAGGGAGAGACGCCCGGCCUUAUGGACACCGUCACCAUCCUGGAGUACCUCAGUUACUCCAUCUACCAACAGGGGGAGGUGGAGAGGGCGCUGAACUUCACCAAGAGACUGCUGGAGCUCGACCCGACACACCAGCGAGCCAACAUGAACCUGAAGCACUAUGAGUAUCUGUUGUCUGAACAGAAGGUUGAGGCGAUGGAGGAGGAUGAGAGGAGGCAGAAGAGGGAGAGUCGAGGUCAAACUGAUGAUUUGCUGAAGUACGAGCAGCUGUGUCGAGGAGAAGGCACCGGAAUGACUCCUCGGAGACAGAGCCGCCUCUUCUGCCGUUACUACGACAACAACCACCACCCGAGGUACGUGAUUGGUCCGGUGAGGCAGGAAGACGAGUGGGACCGUCCGCGCAUCAUCCGCUACCACAACAUCGUGUCGGACAAAGAGAUGGAGAAGGUCAAAGAGCUGGCCAAACCCAGGCUGCAUCGAUCCGGGGUUGUUGGUGGGAAGACGCCCCAUUACCGCAUCAGUCAGAGCGCCUGGCUCAAAGCAUAUGAACAUCCGGUGUUGGAUAAAAUCAACCAGAGGAUCGGAGACAUCACCGGCUUGGACGUCACCACGGCCGAGGACCUGCAGGUUGCUAACUACGGCAUCGGAGGCCAGUAUGAACCUCACUUCGACUUUGGACAGAAAGGCGAGCUGUAUGCAUUCGAGGAGUCGGGAACAGGGAACCGGAUCGCCACCUGGCUGUUUUACAUGAGCGACGUGCCAGCAGGGGGCGCCACCGUUUUCACCAAAGUCGGAGUCACCGUCUGGCCCAUAAAGGGGACAGCCGUGUUCUGGUACAAUCUGUAUCCCAGUGGAGAAGGAGACUAUCAGACCCGACAUGCCGCCUGUCCAGUUCUGGUCGGGAGCAAGUGGGUUUCCAACAAAUGGAUCCGUGAGCGAGGGCAGGAGUUCAGGCGACGCUGUGGCCUCCAGGAGACCGACUGACCACCGACCUUCGUCUUCCUCUGAGCUGCUGAGUGUCACUGCACAUUAUCUACAUGUUUAUUUUUACCUGGGCUGUGUGUUAGGGUGUGUUUGUUUACUUGGGAUUCAUGGAAAUCACCGCCUUUAUCGGGUUUAUUUUGCUAAUAUUCAGACGUCUGCACAUCCCAUCCAGAUUUUCAUGUCGGGAACAAAGAACGCUGCAGAAAGAAUGGAUUCAGGGAGUAAAAUUAGAGCGUUUUAUUCCAAUCUGUUGCCGCAACAAGCAGGAAACACAUCAAAUUAAGCUUCUUUAGGGAAACCAGCUGCUCUUGAUCUUUUUCUGUCCGUUUAACAGUUUCAUGCAACUGUGUGACUAGAACGAGAGCAAACAUCAAACAUAUUCUCUUUUUUAUAUUCAUUCAGACCUAUAAACUAUUUAGCUUCCUGUCUCCUUUGUUGUUAGUGUUAGCCACGAUUCGAUAACCUGAACACUCAUUAAAACCUCGUAUUUGUGUAUUUUGAGAAGCAAAACUUAACUUUACCCCAACUUAGACAUUUUAUCAAACAUUAGCUCUCUCUGUGCAGCUUUAAGUCCCCAACGUAAAGAUCCAGUUCCAUGAACAGUUUUCAAGGUUUUCUCCCAACCAGCGGCAGAAGAUAAAUUAAGAUUACUCCAUACAUUAACAAAAUAUUUGCUGCAAACUAUAACCGCUGGGAGAAGAGUUUACAGGAGUCAAUGAUCUAAACUUACCCGUAUCCACGAUAGGCCGAACAUGUAUCAUAAAAUGACCAUUUUGCUGACAUUUUAUAUUGCUUUCAGACACUUCUCUUGCCAUUACCACCUUCUUUCUUUGAUAAAUAAGGUAUUUAGCCAAUUCAUUUGGAAUACCAGGAAAGCAGGACUACGCCUUAAAUUACUCUGUCUGCCCCAUGAAAGACCGGCCUACAAACUCCAAGUUUAAGAUGGUACUGUACAACGGCACAGCUGACAUCAGCCUCUCACUGCUUUUAUACAAAAUCACCUCCAGCCUGAGGAAAUAUCAGUCUAUUCCAGAAUUACCAAUAUGCAGUGAUCUUUAUUCUGUAGAUUUACAUAAACUGAAAAGACAAACAAUAAAACCCUUCUUGAAAAUACUAUCAUUCUAUGAAACACGUGGAACAACGAUGAGUUUAUACCCGGCAGAAACGAUGGAAGGUUUAAACUAUGGAAGAUUAAGGACAUCCAGGCAGUUAAGGAUGUGUGUGUUGAUGGAAAACUGCUUGCAUUCAGCGACCUGUCUGAAAAAUAUCAACUUCAACGAAAACGCUUUGACAAAAAUCAGCAGGUUAAAAACUAUUUGUCAUCCAAGUCUAAAGAAAUGAUGUAAACCUGAAUUAUUAUUCACUGAGCAAAUGGGAAAACAGGGAGAGAAAGGCCUACUGUCUAGAUAUUAUAAGCUAAUUCUAUCAGACUCCUUCAGUAGAGUCAUGAAGAUACGACAUGAAUGAAAGACCCAAAAACAAGCCAGAGUAUAAACAGUUAACAAGGAUUUAUAAAACCCCUGAAAAACUCCAUCAUAUGUGAAGUCAUAGUCCUGAUACGUGUGCUAAAUACCAGGAUAAUGAAGGAAGUCUUCUUCACAGUUUAUGGAAAUGUUCAAAGAUAAAAACAUUCUGGAAUGAGGUCAUCAGCUGCACGUCUGUGUUUAAUGUCCAGAUUCCUUUCUGUGCCAAACUUUGUAUACCAGGAAAAUAUCCCAAAGAUUCUGCAGAUACUAAGAAACAAACUGAAGUGUUGGAGAGCUCUGGCCUUGAAGUGGAAGAGCAUGGAAGCUCGUUCUACAGAGCAAUGGAGACGAGAACUAUCAGAAAGCAUGGGACUGGAAAGACCGGCUUACGUGAGCAAAAGAGGACUGGAGGGACUGGUGCUGUUAUGGAACCGUAUAUGAAGGUUAUAGUACCUGGAAAACAGGGACACGGCGUUCAAACUGACUGCUUUUAUCAUUAUUACUGUUGUGUACAUGUAUGUAUGGUUUGGUGCGGGUCUACCAGCUGUGAAUGGGUUUAUGUUCUUCAUUUGUUUUGUUCACUAUUCACUUUAAAACUUGAAAACCAAUAAAAAUAUUGUGGAAUAAACACGCUCUGCUUAAAACAUCCCCCGCCUUAUAUAUAGUGCCUCUAAGUGCAAGAAAUAAUAAUAUAUACUGGACGAUACACCUACAAAAUGAUACAUCUUCACUACAAUAAAAAAACAGUCAGGUCAAGGUCAUACACCCCAAAAGGCGCAUCUAUAUAGAGAUGGCCUGGGUGCAAUAUGAAUGAAAUCCCUCAAGUACAUUCUGAGAUAUGCUCCGGAAACGAAAUGUGGACGGAUGUUGGAUGGACGGACGGACGUGCCCACGCCAUUAUCCCCCUUCUGUGCCUUCGGCCAGUGGGGGAUAAAAAUGGAUCCAUCCAUAGAUAAACACUUACAGGAGCUUCAUGGAGACAUUAAACCAGCCUGGGUUGAACGUUUGGCUCUUUAUUCCAUUUUCAAGGACUAAUAAUUGUUGAUUAUUGUCAUUCUGGACAGUUCUGAGUCAUUCUAGGCAAGUUUCAAAUCACUUUGGACAGUCUUUGAC